UUCAGUUGUUUUUCGAUUUUCGUUGUGCACUGUCGCUCGUCUGCUGCGUGAGCUUGUGCGUGUGUGAGUGCGCGUGUGUGCGAGGAGGCAAAGAAGAGGAAGCAAGAAGGAAGCCGCAAAAGGAAAAUCCAAUUCCGAGAAAUCUUAUCAAUGAGCCAAGAAGACGUACACUAAAUGAAAAAUAAUCGAGAUGCGUGCGUUUCAAUAGAGCAAAUUUAGUUUCCAGUUUCGGUUUCUUUCGGCACUUCACUCCGUUUCCUUAUCGGUGUGAUAGUUUAGCGCGUGCGUGUGUGUGUGCAAGUGUGUGGAAGUGUCGCCACGCCUACACGGGAAAUGGCAGCAACGGUUUACCAACGCCUACAUAGCGUCGCAGUCGGCGUCGGCAGCGCCGCUGGCAGCGCCAUCGGCAGCGGGUCGGCUUCCCUUCCAGGAUCUGGAACAGGAUCGGGAUCUGGAAUAGGCCACGCUGGAAACACCUCCUCCUCCACCUCGUCUGCCCUGCUUAGUCAUUCCCAGCUGACGCGCUCCCUGGAAAGAAUCCUGGAAGAAGCGCACUUCAGCGGCGAACUGAUCCUGACCAAUCGCAAGCUGAAGGACUUUCCCAGGACUGGAACGAAGUACUCACUUACCGACACUGUCAUCGCAGAUCUUUCCCGGAAUAGAUUUGCCGAGCUGCCCGAGGAAGUGACUACGUUUGCCUUCCUAGAGACCCUGCUACUGUAUCACAAUACGAUUCGCAGCAUUCCGGAAUCGGUGAAGCAGCUAUCAUCGUUGACCUAUUUAGAUUUGCGCAGCAAUCAGUUGUCCUCGCUGCCACGCGAGAUUUGUUUCCUGCCUCUUCAGGUUCUGCUGGUUUCCAACAAUCGAUUGACUUCGUUACCAGAUGAACUGGGUCGAUUGGAUCAGACACUGACCGAUCUGGAUGCUUCGUAUAAUCAGUUGGCCAAUCUACCCGCUCGUCUGGGUGAGCUAAGAUCCCUGCGCUCGCUCUCGUUGAGAAGCAAUCACUUGCUGUAUCUGCCCAGAGAGCUUACCUGUUUGAGUUUGAUAUCACUGGACGUGAGCAACAACAAGAUCGCUAGCCUGCCUCUCGAGAUUCGUCACAUGAGCACUUUGGUAGAGCUUCAGCUAGAGAACAAUCCUCUGACCUCGCCUCCAGCAAGCCUAUGCAUGCGCGGCCUGGUGCACGUGUUCAAGUUUUUGGAAACGCAGGCCACCAAGGACGAGAAGGGAUCCCGGUCAGGUGGCAACUACGAUGGGUACACCACAUUGCGAAGAGCUCCUCGACAUAAUUCCAGCGGCAAUGUUCUUGAAGCUAGCACCACUGGCAGCACUAACAACCAGCGGAGGCAUCAAGUCGACUCGGGUUACAACACCAGCGAUGGUUUGGACAAGCGCUGGUCGCACGAUGCUCCUACUAAAUCGAAAACGGAUUCACCGCUGCAUUGUGUUUCCAAUUCGACAGCAGCCACUUUGCCCAGGACGCUGCCAAGUGCGGUUCAUUCGCAAGCGGAUCUAAUGGACGCAUCCCUUACCUCCAGCACUAGCACCAUUGUGGAUGAGAGUCUCACCUUGAGUCCCACAGCAUCGCCCUGCAAGUUAAGCUAUGCACACUCGAAUAGCUCCAGUAAUGGAUCGUCGCCAGAUCAGGACGAUGACAUAAUGCUGGACCACCAGGAGCGCACUGUUCACCACGCCAAUGGAAGAUCCGGAAAAGGUCUUGGCAAUAUUCAGACCUACAAGGAGUACAAGGAGGCCCUUAAGCAGCAGCGCAACCAGGAGAUCAGCGUCUAUAAGCAAAAGCAUCCGAAUGCCAACCACAGUCCCAAUGACGACGAGGAUCUUUCUCCGUCACCGCCGAGCAUUUCAAACGGAUCUUCCUCGAACACACUGCCAAAGUCUAUUAUGAAACAGAAUAGCAACCAAAUUGGUCACAAUGGGAAUGGAAAUGGAAGCGCGAACGGAAAUGGAGUCGAUGAUGUUGUUAUACCAAAGAAACCCAUCCAGAAGGUGAUUCCCUCUCGGAUUACAGAAAUAAAGCCAGCAUCCACAUCCGACAUUCGCUCCGCAAAUUCAUCGGAUUGUUUGGGCUACGUUAAGCCACAGAGUCCCAUGAAGAAUGGCACAAGCAAAUUUAAUACGUCCAAUGGUGGAGGAGUCCAAACAACAGUGGGAAUAGUCAGUAGCACCACCAUUAAAUCCCCAGUCAGCUCAACCACCAAACUUGGCACAGUAAAGACGCAUCGUUCGGUGACCUGGAACCAUGACAUCCCCGCGGAGAAGCUGAGCUUCACCAUGCGCCGGGAGUUUGAUCGCCAAAGGGAGGAGACUGAGUUGAUGUCACAGCUGAGAACUAUCAUUGAGACGCGUCUCAAGAUGACGUUGCCUGUGGAUAUUGCCUCUGCUCUGACGGAUGGGGUUAUACUGUGUCAUUUGGCCAACUAUGUGCGUCCGCGAUCAGUGGCCAGCAUUCAUGUGCCAUCUCCCGGUGUCAAUAAGUUGACAAUGGCCAGGUGCCGGCGGAAUGUGGAUAACUUUCUGGAGGCGUGUCGACGCAUUGGCGUAGAUGAGGAGUUGAUUUGCUCCUGCGAAGAUGUUGUGCCACAAAUUGAACCGCAACAACCACAAUUGCCACGUGCUGACGAUGACUAUGAUGCUGAUGUUUAUGUCCAAGAUGAUGGCAGCAUCAGCCGCAGCAAUGACAGCAGCCACCUGCAAUGCAGCGACGAUUGCAACAGCAGCAGCAACCAUAUUAAUAGAGUGCCCAAUGCAUUGGCCCUACUGCGCACAGUGUCCGCUCUGAUUGCCAUGGAUGAAAAUCCGUAUCAUCAGCAGCUUCAUCAUCAUCUUCAGCUUCAGCUGGAGCAGCAACACUUCGAGCAAGAGCAAUUCAGUGAGCCAACUACCUGCAGCCAACAGCAAGAACAGAUGUUGCUGUUGCAGCAGCAACAGCAGCAGCUAGAGCACGUUUUGUAUGAGAAUGGCCUGCCGAGGGCUGAAAAUGAUGAUGGGGUUGAGGAUCGUGAUGAUGAUAUAGGCAAGCGGCAGCAGCAACUAGCGACAGUGGGUCAAAUGCUGCUGAAGGCGAAGCAAAAGACAUAUGAAAAAAUAAAACACAAUCUGCUAAGUGCCCAUGGUCAGCAUAACUUUCAGGGCAAUAAUAACAAUAGAAUGUUGCAUACGAUUGUGGAGAAUGAGCACGAUGUGGCCGCCGCAGGACCGGCGGGCCAUUAUCAAAUAAUAGACGAAAAGCAAGAGGAGGACCCUUACCAGCCAAAAUCAGAGGACUUGAAGGAUGCAGCCGCACUGGGCAACGCGACCAAGGAAGCCAUCAGCAAGCGGAUCGAGUUCUUCGAACAGCAGAAGAGUGGAAAACCAAAGCUGGAGGUCUUCAGCAUCUAUUUGCCGAAGGAGAAAACCAAGGAACUCGAGCUUGAGCAGAAAAUAAAAGCAAAAACCAACGAAGCUGGAUCUUCGAUAUUAAAGCACGAUUCCCAUACAUUGACAGUGAUCCUGUCAUGCGUUUUCAUCGCCACCUUCCUCUGGCUGGUAUUUUUCCCGCUGCCUGGCUAGUCUAUAUAGUACAGCUUGAUUUUAUUAUCGCCUUGGUUUGCCAGUAGAGUUAAGAUCUAAAAACAAUAGAGUUAAGAGAGCUGCUUUUGCGCUUUUCCACUGGGUAGUGAGUUCUUGAGGCUGCUUUUGUUUACUGCUUAGGAUUACGUCCCAUAUUUAUGAAACAUUCGAUACCUAAUUUUUAGCCUAAGAAAUUGAAAUUCCCCAAAAGACAAGCAGAACACAUUGAGGCAUUUAAUGAGAGGAAACGCAAAGACUUCAAAUCAAUAUUUGGCUCCUAUUUCUGUAUGAUUAUUUAAGGGUGUGCACAAUCAUAUAUAAAAUAUAUUCUUAUUGAAUAGUUCAAAUAUAAGUUCCAGAAAUUACAAAUGCUCCUUUUGCGUUUAAACCCAAAGUUCCUUUCAAAAAAAACCUUUUCUAUAUUUAUGUUUUACAUUCAAAACUAUUUUAAUGAAAAUAAGUAACAUUCACAAAUACUUUAUGACUAUGAUGACUAUGACUAAUAAUGACUGUUUUAAUUUAAUAGAUUUUAUAAUAAUCUCCGGACUAAACAUUAAUAUAUAUAUCAUAUUUAUAUUAUUUAUAUGUAUACUACAAAUUGAACUAUAUUUAGCAUUUCAUAAGUACAUAUUUAUUUUUAUAUCACCUACAUAUAACUCGACUAUAAGCAAAGCUACCUUUCAACGACUUCGAUUGUGCAUACCUGUAGAAAAUAAUUGAAAUAGAGCCGAUUUAUAAAUACCCCCCGAGUAACCACAUAUUCCUAGUUCAUGUACAAGCUAUUGAACUCUAAAUUGGAUUUAGAAUUAAAGAAACAAUUUCGAAAUUUACAUUUGCUUAGCCACGCCUCAAAACGUGCUGAACUGAAAACAAAAACACUUAACAAUGCGCUUCAUUUCACUAAAUUUGUGCAAACCAUUCAAAGUAUGAUUGACCUAAGUUACAACGAAACUGAAUCGAUUUAAGUUCUAUUUAUAAAGAAAAUCAAUUAUGGUAGAGAUAGAAAAGAUACGAUAUACAUGUACCAGUUUGAAGAUUAGGAUGAAGAGCAGGAAAGAGACUUGUUACAGUUUGAUGGACAGCUAACUCUUGUAGUAAGUGUAAGGAUGGAGCUACUGGAGGAAGGUGAAGCUGUGUGGUUUUACUUGAAGCAGGGACACUCAAAAUAGUUGUAGCAGUUAUAAAUGAAGACAUAAAACUAUAGCCAACCAAUGUAGCCGUUUGAAAAGGAUUCGUUUGACCAGAGAGAAGUUAGAGAAAAGUCUAUUUUGUCAAGUGCAUUGCAGCAUUGUUUUUAAUAUAUAACAAAAUAAUUGUGUCAAAAUACAUAAAUAUGUGAAUAUUUUAAAACUGCAUCACCAAACAUAACUUUCUUUUCUGAAUCAAUUUAAAUGCGCACACUUUCAUAUAGAAACGACCACUUAAAUAUAAAUAAUAAUCACAAAACAGUGCCUUUGAAUGAAGAGCGGCGACAGUCUUGUCUGCCCAAAUGAUCUAUUACAAUCUCUCCUUCUAAAAAGCAAUAAUUUUUCAACUAAAACGACGCUUUUCUCUAUCAAUUUAAUUUGCAACCAAGAUCACACAUGACCCAACAUCAUAAUGUGCUAACAACAUUCCUAACAUUAUUAAUAGUUUAUUAAUUUAGGCAUACUAUUGUACUUAAACGAUGAAAAAUGAAAUCUAAUCAAAUUUCUAAAAGAAACACAAUCUCCAACACUCAGAAGUAAAAGAUAAACAUAUAUAUUUAUCUAGCGUCUAAAAUCAGAAAUAUAUAUUUUGUCUAACAAAAUUAUUGAAGGGAAGACAAAGCAUUGAGGCAGCUGUAAUCAGUCAUACAUUUUUUAUGAAAAUCAACACGUAUUUAACAUGCAUAUAUACCUAAAAAUAUAUAAGAAAUCUCCAAAAUGCAAAUUAAAGCCAAAACUUUUUGUCAACAUUUGUCAGUGGAAUAUUCCAUUCGCAUACUUCCAAACCAAAUGAAAAUGAACCCCGUUGCAUUUAAAUUUAAGCACAAAAUGUCAAAUAAGCGCUAUAUAUACAAGUGAAAUCAAAGAGCAAAAUAUACGACAAAUAUACC